AAAACACAUCCUUCAGACCAAUCUUACCACUUCAAAAGUCUUCACUCGUCACUUCACUUCACAAACAAUCUCUGAAUCUCUCUCUCUCUCAAAUCAAAUGACGACACUCUUAGGGUUCUCUCAUACCAAGUUACCCCACUGCAACGUCUCUAUCACUUCUCCAACAUGCUCAUCUUCCUCCACGGUGGUCUCAAUGGUGGGGAGACGCUCUGAUUCAAAGACUCUCCGGUCAGGCUUCCUAGGCCGUAUCACUCACCAUGAUCGCCUACCCUCGACUGGUCGGAGAAGCUCGUCAGCAGUGAAAAUGUCGUGGGACGGUUCUCUCGCUUCCGUCAAGCUGAUCAUCCAAGGCAAAAACCUCGAGUUAUCAGAGGCAAUCAAGCAGCAUGUUGAGGACAAAGUAGGAAAAGCUGUUCAGAAGCACAGUCAUCUCGUCAGAGAAGUUGAUGUGAGACUCUCUGUUCGAGGUGGAGAGUUUGGUAAAGGACCCAAGAUCCGUAGAUGCGAGGUAACACUGUUUACAAAGAAGCAUGGCGUUGUGCGCGGUGAGGAAGAUGCUGAGACGGUAUACGCUUGUAUCGACUUGGUUUCAACGAUAAUACAGAGGAAGCUGAGGAAGAUCAAGGAGAAGGACUCUGACCAUGGAAGGCACAUGAAAGGUUUCAACAGGUCGAAGGUGAGAGAGCCAGUGAUUGAGCCCGUUGUGGAGGAUCCUGAGGACGUUGCUGGAGAAGAAGAAGAGGAUGAUUUGAUCAAGGAGAUUGUGCGUACCAAGUACUUUGAGAUGCCACCAUUGACCGUCUCAGAGGCAGUGGAGCAGUUGGAGUUAGUAGCUCACGAUUUCUACGGCUUCCAGAAUGAAGAAACCGGUGAGAUAAAUAUAGUGUACAAGAGAAAAGAAGGAGGGUACGGUCUGAUAAUCCCUAAGAAAGAUGGCAAGGCUGAGAAAGUUGAUCCGCUUCCAACUGAGCAAUUGAAUGAACACUCUUUUGCUGAGUAGACUUGUGUGUCUGUCUCAGAACCAAAACUGAUCUUACUUCUCUCCUUACAGAUGGUUUGCAUGUAUAUUGAGAGAAAACAGUGAAAGAAAUUGAAUCUGUUAUGAUUCAGGAAACAGUGUACAUAAUAAUAAAAGGCAAGAGAAAUUUUUUUUAAAUGA